AUAAUUUAUUAAAUCUGGUAAAAUACGGGGGCUUUCAUGCUCAAGAAAAAUCAUAGAAUCUUCAAGAUCUCCAAUUAAAUUCUUCUCCUAUUCUUCAAUUCCAUGAUCGGGUAAACCCAAAGACGGUGCUUCCUAGCUAUUGUUUCUUUCUCGAAUUCACACCAAACCCUAAGUUCUUUCUCCGUCGCCACUCCAGUUGGGUCCUCCGGCCAACCCACUCCACCGGUUCUCUACCCUUCGUCGCUGUCAGGCAACUGAAAAUGAAAUCCUGGUCUUGCUUGACAUUCGUGGGUAUGGCAACCAGACGCAGUGUUCAAUAUAGCCGUCUUCCUACUGAUGAUGAUUAUAAUGGUAAUGGUAUUGGAGGGCAACAUGACCGUCGGUUUGAUUACUCUCCAAAAGCCUUUGAUAAAAUUCCCUGGAAAUCCAUAAUUCUGGCUCUUUUCCUGCUCCUUCUUGGCUCAACCCUUCUUUUUCUUUCUUACUUCAUUUUUACCGGUCACAUGGGAGGGGAGAGGUCUCAAGCCUAUGGUCUCCUAGCUCUGGGAAUUCUAACCUUCCUCCCAGGCUUUUACGAGACACGAAUUGCAUAUUAUGCGUCCAGAGGUGCCAAUGGAUAUCGUUUUGCUUCCAUCCCCGAUUAUUAGAGUUUUCCUCCUUUGUAAUCUUCCUUCUUCUUAUUACAUGUAAUGUACCUUGGCGACUUCUCACUAGUCUUUAUAGCCAUUUUUGUUUUUGUUUUUUACAUUUCUUAUUCCUUUGCUUUGUAUUUAUCUUUUAUUUGCCUUUAUUUUGUUGGAAUAACAUAUAUACUAUUUGAUUUUCAAUUGUACCA